AUCAUGCAGAUACAGAUGCAGAUUGCAGUGCCCCUCUCCCUCCUGAAGCGUCGUUUUGCAUCCCGUGCUUGUCGUUUUGCUGCUCCACCGCAUUGUCGUCUCUCGCUCUGUUAGUGGUUUUUGUUCUUUUCGUUUUCAACGUGGGAAAUGUUAUGUGUGUGUGUUUUUCUUUGUGCUUUCAUGUCGUUUCGAGGUUUUGAUUGUUGGAGUCAGUGUCCAAGCUUCGGCUGGUAAGAUCAACUUUUGCUCUGUGCGAAUAUUCUCUAUUGCGUGUUCUCGUGCAUAUUUUAGCUAGGGUUUGGGUGUGAAUGCAUGUUUGAAAUUCACAGUUUCUGAGACUGUCUUUCUUUAGUACUUGUUUUCAAAGAUUAACUCGAGAAAUUUCAGUGCGUUUAUGUGACCAUUCACUCACUUCAUUCCGUUUACGCGUGUCUUGUUGCGUUUGAGUUUCUGAGCGUUGCCCCUUUUUCUUCUAACGUAUUUAUUGAGGAGCACGAAGCACCUGCGUUAUCCUAACAUGCAAUAUGAUAUGGGCUUUCGUUUCCCUAAUUUUUCAAAAUCUUUUGAGAUUUGGGGGUGCUUAACCUUUGGGAGACUGUAGUAAAAGUAACUCAAGUAAUUGUUGGCUGAUUAUAAAUGGCACCCAAUAAAAGAGUGGCUGGGGCUUAUCGUGCAAUGGCAAGUCUUGGGAUUGCUGAAACAAAAGUGAAAUCAGUAUUAAAGAAACUCCUCAAAUUGUAUGACAAAAAUUGGGAUCUUAUUGAGGAAGAGAACUAUAGAGUCCUAGCAGAUGCUAUAUUUGAGGAUGAAGAAAAUGAGGUGCCUGAACUGAAAAAGAAGAGCCAGACAGUUGAUGAAGAAGAGACGGAGGGUGAAGAGACUCAAAUGCAUAUUGAAGAAGCCCGACCUUUGAAAAGGUUGCGUUUAAGAGGCCAAGAGAGUCAGCCUUUGAAUUCUCUGAAUAACAGUACCUCCAGCUCUUCUGCUUCUCCAUCAAAAAAGCCUAGAUUAGAAGACAAUGCAUUCUCCAAGGGUCAUUCUGGACAGAAGCCUCAAAACAGAGAAGUGUCAUCUGAUGGGAAUGUGAGGAUUGAAGCACACCCACUCCCACCACAAGAUGGUAUUGUUGACAAGGGAAAGCAACCUGCAUCACCCCAAGUUGCUCACGGAGGAAGAAGACUUGCAUCUGAAAGAGUGACCCCAUCCUUACCAUCUAAACAACAAACAGUUGAACAAGGAAAGCUUCUGUUGUCAAACAAUCAAAUGCCUUGUACUCACACACUUAUCAUACCCAAGGAUGAGCCUAUUGAUGAAUUGCCUGAUUAUGAGGUUCCAAUUGCAGUGAUUCCUCCUGAACCAUCAAGUGUAAGGCGCUUAUCAAUGAAGAAUGGUGUAGCUGGAAAGCAUGGUAGCCAUGCUAGUGUGACAUCAUCACAAUGCCAAGAUGGAAAUAGAGAUGAAGAUAUUCUUCCUUCAUCAAAUGAAGAAGCGACUUGUACUGUAGAGAUAGCUUCAUCAACUCUUGGAGAGGUAAAACUUUCUUUGAGCUGCAGCUCAGCUCUUCGGGGACCAGAUUUUCGUAUGCCUAGUCGAGAUCAACUUCUAGAAAUGAUUGAGGAUAAAUGUCUGCAUUCAUAUAAAAUCACUGACCCAAAUUUUUCUGUCCUGAAACUGUUGAGAGAUAUAUGUGAUUGCAUGUUGGAAUCUAGAACUGAUUCAAAUGAUGGGUUGCAAGAAGGCUCUAUGAUAAGAACCAGUGUUGACGUGUUGAAGGAAUCAGAGGCACAUGGCAAACAGAGUGUAGGAGGAAAUAAGGAUUUGGAGAUGUUUUCUCACUCUUCCAAUGGAUCAGUUGAUGUCAAGUCUUCUGCUGCCUUAGUUUCUCCCCAAGGUACCUUUUCUAUACCCCCCCUGAGUGGCUUGGAUGAUGCUGUAAUGGUUUCCAAGAUGGGCAGCACAAAUGAUUUUUCACAAAGUAUUGUCAGAAAGGAUCUGGAAGCUCCUACAUCUCCAAAUUCUCAUAGUUUAGUUGUUGUUUCACAGCAUCAGCUUACAGCUGAUGAUAUAAGGUCUUUUCAUGAUGUUAAUGACCUUACAAAAGGAGAAGAAAUUGUUCAAAUUGCAUGGGUGAAUGAAAAUACCACUGACUUUCCACCAGCUUUUAACUACAUUCCCCAAAACCUUGUGUUCCAAGAUGCUUAUGUGAACAUUUCUCUAUCCCGUAUUGGGGGCAAGGAUUGUUGUUCAACUUGUAUGGGCAAUUGUCUCUUGCCAUCUACAUCCUGUGUUUGUGCAAAUAAAACUGGAGGUGAAUUUGCAUACACUGCUCAAGGCUUACUGAAGGAAGAGUUUGUGGAAGAGUGCAUUGCCAUUAGUUGCAACCCUCAACAACAUUUCUUCUAUUGCAAAGAUUGCCCACUUGAAAGAUCUAAGAAUGGUGGUUGUUUAGAACCAUGUAGAGGACAUUUAAAGAGGAAGUUUAUUAAAGAAUGUUGGAGCAAAUGUGGCUGCGGGAAACAGUGUGGCAAUCGAGUUAUACAGCGAGGAAUAACUUGCAACUUGCAGGUAUUUUUCACUUCAGAGGGAAAAGGAUGGGGUCUUCGUACCUUAGAGGACUUGCCAAAGGGUGCAUUUGUGUGUGAAUUUGUUGGAGAAAUUUUAACCAUUAAAGAGUUGCAUGAGAGGAAUAUGAAAUGCACUAAAAAUGGGAAAUAUACAUACCCAAUCCUACUGGAUGCGAAUUGGGAUUCAGGAUUUGUGAAGGACGAAGAAGCUCUAUGCUUGGAUGCAGCCUCCUUUGGCAACACUGCUAGAUUUAUCAAUCACAGAUGUUCUGAUGCAAACUUGGUGGAGAUCCCAGUCGAAGUUGAGGAUCCCGAUCAUUACUACUAUCAUUUUGCCCUUUUUGCUUCCAGAAAAAUAGCAGCACAGGAAGAACUAACAUGGGAUUAUGGCAUUGACUUUGAUGACCCUGAUCAUCCUGUCAAACUGUUCCAGUGCAGAUGUGGCAGUAGAUUCUGCAGGAAUAUGAAGCGAUCAAAUAGAUCCAUUAGAUCUGCUUCAUUUGGACGAUGAUAGGGAUUCUCUGGUAAAACUAAUUUUGUUGUCUGACCCGUGCAUGGGAUGUUGUGUUGUAAUGAGACCCAGCCAACCACAAGUGGUGCUUUUUCCUCAUUUUGGGUUUUGUUACGUUAGUGGUUGGGAGACUAGUUACUUUGUACAGUUUUUUGAAAACUAUAAGGCAGACUUGUCCUAAGAAAGGAGUUAACGUUUAGUGUGGUUCUUCAGAUGCAUGUUUCAUCAGUUUGGGCCUCAUAAUACACUAUUAACAGAACAAAAGAAAGUGUUAUACAUAGUUUCUUUAGUUAAUUUUAUUUUUC